AGCGCAUGCAGGGAACAGCUCCCUAUGCGCCCUCCUCAUUCGACCACCUCAACGACCGUCCCGACCUUUGACACGCGCCACUCAAUUCUGCCAAUCCAGUAACUGGCAUUUGCGACUAGGUUCGGGCAUUCGGGCUCCCUCCAAGGGCAUGCAUCGUCCAUUAUCGCCCGUCAUUGAUAAGCUCGAACCAUCCCACUCCGACCAGGUGCGGCGCCCAAAGCUUGCGGUGAUCGAACACCCAUCGUCGACCCCGCCGUGAUAGCUACAGCGAGUCACCGGCGAAAUGUCCUUCUUCUUUGGGAGAACACGCGCAAGAACGAACACCGUAGAUCUGGCAAAGCAGGCGAGAGAGCAUGUCACGAAACUGGAGGGACCACAGGGGGCCGCAAAGGCGGACGAGCUUGCAAAGGUGCUUGCCCAAAUGAAGCAAGUCCUGCAGGGCACACAUGAAGCCGAGCCGAACCCGGAGCAAAUCUACCAAUUGGUGACGGGCAUAAUCGAAGAAGACCUCCUCUACCUCCUCGCCGUCCACCUCCACCGCCUCCCCUUCGAGUCGCGCAAGGACACCCAGGUCAUCUUCUCGUACGUGUUUCGCUUCCGGCCGCCAACGGGACCCCAGAAGCCCGAGCCCUUCGCGCUGGCGCACGUCGUCGAGAGGAGGCCGCAGGUGCUGGUGGAGCUGUGCCGGGGGUACGAUCACAAGGAGAGCGCGACACCCGCAGGGACGGUGCUGAGGGAGGUGCUCAAGAACGAGGCCGCGGCCGCCGUGAUACUGUACGAUGACGGAGAGGAACAGGGGUCGAGUUAUCGGGGCGUGGGCGGGAUCAACCCGGACCGGCCACAGAGUGGGAGGGGGGUGUUUUGGAGCUUCUUCGACUGGAUCGAUAAGAGCUCGUUUGAGGUCAGCGCGGAUGCGUUUACGACCUUCAGGGAACUCAUCACCAAGCACAAAGAAUUGGUCCCGCGGUAUCUGGCGGCCAACUUCGACCUCUUCUUCGACCGGUACAACAGUGUACUGGUUCAAUCCAACAGCUACGUGACCAAGCGACAAUCGAUUAAGCUGCUGGGCGAGAUCCUGCUCGACCGCGCCAACUACAACAUCAUGACGGCCUACGUCGACCGCGGCGAGCACCUCAAGAUUGUCAUGAACCUGCUGCGCGACGACCGCAAGAUGGUGCAGUACGAAGGGUUUCAUGUGUUCAAGGUGUUCGUCGCCAACCCUCACAAGUCGGUGCCCGUGCAAAAGAUCCUGAUUAUGAACCGGGACAAAUUGCUGCUGUUUCUGAGUCAUUUCCUGGAGGAUCGGACUGAGGACGAGCAGUUUAUUGAUGAGAGGGAGUUUCUGAUCAAGCAGAUUCGGAACUUGCCUCCUGCGCCUGUGCCGCCGCAGCGGUAGGGCGGGUGGCAAUGGGGGUUGACUUUGUGUUGUGUGUCAAGGAAAGUAGCAAGGCAAGGCGUUGAGGAGUAAUAGAGAGAGGGACGGGUGUAAUGGAAGGGUAAGUGUCAUCUUCAUGGCAUCAGCAUUGCGAGGGAAUAGGGGUACUGUACAAACACUAUUAUUGCUUACUCUCAUCCGGGGAUCGCCCGUCUUCAGGGUGCAGAUGGAUAUUCCCAUGAUCCCUGACCCAGUUGACACUUGGAUGUUGCCUUCGC